AUGACCAUCCACUUGUAUGCUGAGCAUCUGAUGAACAUUCGCUCGCUGUCGUUGCAGGCUUCGCUCUCCACCGUCUCUAAUAAGGAAACCAGAGCGACGCUUUCUGCGGAUGGCAGCACCUUGACUCUUGCCCACGAAGGCGAAGUCGCUACCAUCAAGCUGCCCAUUUCGCUGCCCGGCGGACACAAUGAUGCUACUCUCACGAUUCCCGCAGCUCCGACCAAGGACUUGAGUUUUCGAGUCUCGCUGUCAGAGAAGCCAGGCACGAACGGACUGCCAACCAGUGGCACUCUCGAGGACACGAACGUUGUGCCGUGGACAGCACCCAGCCUCACCCCUGAUACCGAGAUCGCCUGUCGUACUUGCGGCGCAACUAUCGUCGAGCGCAGUAGGGUCAAAGUCUGGAAAGACUUACCAUCGGAGAAUUGGGCUGAGAUGAUGGACUUCUGGCAUUGCCACCGACCCAAUGUUCCCCACGACGACGAUCACAGUUUGCCACGAAAGGGGUACUCUGCCGAUAGCAGACUAGCACUCGAGCCUGGUGUUGGCAUGAUCGACCCAGUGGACUUCAUACUGACGGCAGCAGACUGCUCGAACGUGGCGGUAGGUACCAACCUCACAUUUCCAUUUACUCAUUGCCUCUUUCGCUUCUGAUGUGUGUGUGGCUACACGGGCAACAAGAACCGGUCUUUCCGGGCCGCAAGGUCAAGUAUAGGGAAGCCUCGGGAUACAUAUGUCCAAUAUUGAACAGACAGAACUGGAGACCAGAGCUAGCCUUCACGGUUGGUCUGGUGGAAAGUUCUUGUCGCGGUCUUGCGUUUCACCGUCGCUUCUAGAGACCCUUAGUCUCGGCGGGAUUUAGGCUUGAUACAUGCCUUCACAGGAGGGAUUUGAGAUCUCCAGAUAGAACCAAAUGCAGUUGCUGAUUUCUCUUUUACCAGAUCUUUACACCAUCUUCUAAUACUACUGUUAACGUCGACUCCAUCCAAUGUACCUCCUGUUCUACCCCCAUCGGCCGCAUUCACUCGUCCAGUGAAGGCUACAAGAUUCGUAAACUCCACCUCUCAGUGUCUACCGCUCGAGAUUGCGCCAUGGCCUCUUUCGAUAUCCAGAGAUGGCUUGCAUGCCAUCUAUUGUCGUCCAUGGAAAGCCAGGGCGUGCGAAAGUUCACAAUUCAAAAAAUUAAUGGUGGCGAACUUGUGUUGAAAUUAUGGAUCUUCACUCCAGACAUCAGCAUCUCCUCAUCCGCGGCUAAAGAUGCAGAACCCAUCCGAUGCACGAAAAUAUUGUGGAAGGAUGACAUUGCGGCUCCCAGCGAAUCUGGUGCCUUAAACCGUCAGGCUCUGGCAGAGGGCGAGCUUGAGCUUCCGUCGGACGAAAUGCAGCUACUGCGAGAACUGCUGGCCCAGAGUGCGGCCCUGUUACCACAAAGCGCGAAGACAUUUCAAUCCUGGAAUGUAGCAUUGCUGCAACGCUUCACGAGAGCCGAAGGCGAUCCACAGCGAGACUCGGCUGCUCAUGUCUUCCUGCCGGAGGUGCCCGAUGUGCAGAACAAGGAGAUCCUGUCUGCACUCACCUCGUGA